AUGUGCGGUGCUAUGGUUGUGUCCAGCCUCAGUCGCCACCAGCCUCCGUUGCCUCCUGCCACCAGCCUCCGUUGCCACCUGCCACCAGCCCUCCGUUGCCACCUGCCACCAGCCCUCCGUUGUCACCUGCCACCAGCCUCUGUUGCCUCCUGCCACCAGCCUCUGUUGCCACCUGCCACCAGCCUCUGUUGCCUCCUGCCACCAGCCUCCGUUGCCACCUGCCACCAGCCUCCGUUGCCACCUGCCACCAGUCUCCGUUGCCACCUGCCACCAGCCUCUGUUGCCUCCUGCCACCAGCCUCUGUUGCCUCCUGCCACCAGCCUCCGUUGCCACCUGCCACCAGCCUCUGUUGCCACCUGGCACCAGCCUCCGUUGCUACCUGCCACCAGCCUCUGUUGCCUCCUGCCACCAGCCUCUGUUGCCACCUGCCACCAGCCUCCGUUGCCUCCUGCCACCAGCCUCCGUUGCCUCCUGCCACCAGCCUCCGUUGCCUCCUGCCUUGCUUACCACCUGCCUUGGUUUCCUCCCGCUCAGUUGCCACCUGCCACUAGCCUCUGUUGCCACCUGCCACCAGCCUCUGUUGCCACCUGCCACCAGCCUCGGUUGCCACCUGCCUUGCUUACCACCUGCCUUGGUUUCCUCCUGCCUCAGUUGCCACCUGCCACUAGCCUCGAUUACCACCUGGCACCAGCCUCGGUUACCACCUGCCACUAG